AUGGGAAGACGAUUUAUUGGUAAUUUUGGUGGCAAAGGGACGGUGUAUAGUUGCAGAAAUUGCGAUACUUAUUUGACAUCACAUGGCGAAAUGACGAGCCCAAAUUUUAAUGGUGAGAGUUUUUUUCGUUGGUGAAAAUUGGAGAUUUUGGCAGAUUUUUCUAAUAAAAAUUCGUCGCAGGUAGCACUGGCCCGGCGAUGCUUUUCUACAAAGUUUGGAACAUUGAUCACGGCAAAAUGGAGUCUCGAAAAAUGACGACUGGUUGGCAUGUGGUUCGUGAUGUGGUGUGCACGGUUUGCAAAGUAAGUCACCUCCUGUGCGCUUAAACCUUAAAAAAAUAGUUUCAGAGACGGGUUGGUUGGAUGUAUGAGAUGGCUUGUGAACCGAGUCAAGAAUAUAAAGAGGGACAAGUAAUUCUGGAGUGUGGAUUAAUCAAUAAUCGGACUGCUUUUGAUGAUCCGCUGGGAGAUGAUGUACAGUGAGUUUUUUGGCGUUCGCUUUUUCUUUAGAGUUAUGAAAUUUUGAAAUUCUUUUCAAAAAUCAACAGAGAUUUCGAAACAUUGCUUUUUAUUGUAUUUCAAAAUAUGUUUUCACUAUUUCUGGCUCAAAAUUAUCAGAUUUUCAUGAUCUACCCACUAAAAUCUCCCAAAAUUUUCCAGAGAACGCCGACUUUUGCCAAUGAUUCCCACACUGGAACGUCCACCCGGUCGAAUUCACCAUCGUCGCCGUCAAAAUCGUGAAUCGGAGAAUACGAAUCGCUCAGGUUCAGAGAGCAAUGACUCGGUUUCAUCGUUAUCAUCCACCAAUACAUCGGUCUAGGAAAUCGAUAUUUUUGGCUGGAAAAUCUGUAAAUUUUGUAUAUAUAUUUUCAUGUAUUUUAUGUCAUAUAUCCCCUCAUUUCCCUGUGUAAUUUUAAUUGUAAAAAAUGUACAUUUUUCCUCUGAAAAAUCGCUUUUUUUUUCAACUCGAAAAGGUUAUGCACCUUUAAAUACCUACCUACAGUACGCUACAGUACUGAAAUGAAAUUAAAUGUUUUUUCAGAAUGGGCAAAGCAUUUUACGAUCAUUUGGGUGGAACAAGUUUCUACACAUGCGAAAAAUGCGGAGUUUAUUUGUCGAACAAAAAUGAGAUUUUGUCGACGAAUUUUACAGGUAUUUUGGGCGGGAAAUUUGGGAUUUCAAGCUAAUUUUAAGUUUUUCCAGGUGUAACCGGGCAAGCCUACCUCUUCAAAAAUGUCAUAAAUAUUCGUUUGGGCCGUUGUGAUCAGCGCGAAAUGCUCACCGGACUUCAUUUUGUUCGCGACGUUUUUUGUCAGAAAUGCAAUCGCAAAAUUGGCUGGAUGUAUGAGUUUGCGAUCAGUGAUACGGAAAGAUAUAAAGAAGGUGAUUAAAUUUUAAUUUUGGCCGAAACUUGAAAUUUAAAAAAAUUAUAAUUUUCCAGGAGCCGUCACUCUCGAGAAAAAAUUGAUCAAAAAAGUGGAGAGCUUCGAGGAGGAGCCGCGACGCGUUCAAAAUUCAGCACGCGACGCAUUCGACGAAACUCAAAACGAGAAUAGCGCCAAUACUUCGACCACUUCGACACACACAAUUACCCGGGGACCUGCCGAACAACGAGCCACACGGAAUUUCGGGCUUUUUGAGCCGAUUGCACAGAUCGAGGAGCGAAUUCGACAUGGUGCACGUGGAUAUCUGAUCGGUCAUCCGAGGGAGACAGCGGAUCAUGAUUUUUUUAGAGCUCCUUCUGUAUCUCGAUAUACGCAGAGAGAAGAUUUGGUGAGUUUUUGGGUGAUUUUUGGAGAGGGACUAGAAAGUAUUAGAUUACUAGGCCACCCGAAAUCAAUCAAUCAAUAAAUUGUUCUUCCAGUUCCCCCCAUUUCGUGCUCCACGUCGUCUCGACCCUCAAAACAUGCCCGUCCACUUCCACGAAGAAAUGCAGAAUGCUCUCAACUUAUUCGAUAUCCCGCAAAGUCUUCGAGGCUUCUCUCAACCACAUUACGAACCGGAAGACAACGAACCUGAAGAAACAUUUCCGGAUAGAGAAAAUCAAAUUGGAAUUAUGUUACGAGAAGCGCUGAGAGAACGGGGGAGAGAUGAAGCUGAAAGACGGUUGAGAAUGGAAAAUGAAGAGGAAGAUGAUGAGGAGAGGGAUUUGGAAUGGUGA